CGUGAAUAGACGCCCCCCAGCAAGACAUCCCCUAUAGUCCGACGUCAAGACCCAAAUCUUGACUUAUUUGUACAAAUUUGUAAAUAAAACCAGAUUCUUGAAUCUUCAGGCCUAUCGUCAGCUCACUAUCAUUAAUUAAUACCUUCUCCACUCUCAGUCCUAUAACUGCAAUGUUCUUCACUACUAGAGUCAGUUGCGCUUGUCUGGUCUCAGUCCUGAUUGCUCUGAUCCAUCGACCCGGGAUCCAACUUUCAGAGGCCCGGCCGACCAGCGUUGUCCGGAGACAGGCCAUCCAACCACCUAAUCCUGCCGCACCUCCACCUGAGCAUUCGAACCUGCUGGGCGCAGAUCCCACUGGCGGCGGCAAUCUAACUCCACCACCUGGCAAAACCACGACCAGUGCUCAGUCCGGUCCCAAACCACCCAAUCCUGUCAGCCCUCCUCCACUAGACACAUCGACAACUACGAAGCUGUUGAACAUAAAUGCCACCAGCUUCGCCAAUCAGACUCCACCGCCUGGCAAGACCACUACUACCAGUACUCUACCCGGCACCAGCAAUCCGACAUCCUCUGGCGCUGGUGGUGGUGCUGGGACAGGGGUUCCAACAACCUAUGGGAUACCUCCUGGUGGCUCUGGAACCUCACUCUCACAGUCUCUCAGCAAUUCGACAGAUGUGAAUCCCACCCCUUCCGGGUCCGGUGGCGGUGGAAGCGGAAGCGUGUAUUCGUCUUCCACUGAUUCUGGCAGCGGCUACGGGAGCCCAAGCAAGUCUGGAAUCAGGGCUUCUACCUCACCGACAGAUACCGGCACUAACACCGACAGCACAACUGCUCUAGAUCAGACCCCGACGACCUCUGAGGACCAUGAAGACUCGGAAGAAUCGUCCGGUGUGCCCCGCACGAGCCAGAGUGGGAAUGGCAACCCAUCUCUAACUGACACUAGUGGUGGAUAUGGGUACCCACUCAGAGCUGGUAAUCACACUGGACUUCCAAAUUACUCUUUAUCGAUCUCCUUAACCUUCCCAUCGACGUCCAGUGGCACCAGCAAUGCCCCCAAUUGGAAUCCCAUGACCUCAAACUCUAAUCAAGAAGAAUCGGGAGACACCCCUUCUCCUUCUCCAUUUGGAACCGGUGCAUCCCGAGGCACAUCACUUUCUGACAACGGAAACGGGCUGAAUGGGAAUCCCAGCCCCUCUGGUAAUGGCGGUGGAUAUGCGACGACAAGCACAUCUGGUACCAAUACCCCUGGAAGCGUGGAUUAUUCUUCAUCUACGUCUGGUGGCCCUCAAAAGAGCACAUCGUCGUACGGUUCCACGUAUGCCGCUGAUGGCGGAAAGAGCCUCAAUGGGACUCCGAACACCUCCGAGACUAGCAGUGGAUAUCCGAACCCUAGCAAAUCCAGUAUCAGCACCUCAUCUUCGCCGGCACCCGGCAGCUCCCAAGGUUCAUCGAUCGGCAGUGGAACCGGUCUGAAUGCGAACCCGACGACCUCUCAUGCCGAUGAAGACGAGGAAGAAGAAGAUGAUGACUCUCCUCCAUCCGACACCCGCGGCAGUGGAACUCACACCUCAACUCGCACUGACACCACCGGGACAAUCGUGAAUCCCAGUAGUUCUAGCAGUAACACCUAUUCAACUUCUUCAUCUCCAUCUGUAUCCGGCAAUUCCCGAGGCACAUCAACUAGCGGUGCUGGAAAUGGUCUGAAUGACAUUCCGACAACCUCGGCUGUCGAUGAAGGAUACAGGACCCAAUCCGAGACUAGUUCCUCAACUCCAAAGAUUGGUAAUAGUGGCCUCCAGAGCGUCCAAACCAGCGCCAACUCCCUCGGCCCAUCUAAGACAACCCCUGGCACCACGACGACCACCACCGGCGGCUCGGAAAGACCCCUCUCACUCACAUCUACAUCUGGGGGCUCCGCCUCUUCUCCUGUGCAAUGAAGGAACGACCCCUGGAGAACUGGUCAGGAAAGUCAGCUGUAGAUCUCACCAAGCCACACAUCAGCAACAACAACACAACAUGUCAUCAGAUUUUCCACGCUCACAUAUAUAACUAUCCCUUCUUUUCUACCGACAUUGUCCCCCUUUUUUGUCUCCUUUUAUUUUCUUGUUUCUCUUCACUUUUACUCCGUUGUUCUGUCUUUGUCCACUCACACCCAUAUCUUGUAGCACAAUAUCCAACUGCUUCGGUUUUCUUCUCUGCAUUUACAUAAUAGACAAUCGUUGAAGUAUGUGCUGGUCAGGAAUACAUAGUCCUCGGAUUUGGAGCAGCUCAUUUUGGUUUUUUGUUCAAGAAAA